AUGUCUCCAGCGCUACUCAUCAAAGACGUCCGCAUCUUCGACGGCGAAGACGAAAUCCCAAGCGGAAGCGUGUUAGUGGAAAAUGGCUUGAUUAAACAAGUUUCGGAAGGAUCAUUAGAUGUAUCCGAUCCCUCAACUAUCGUCAUCUCUAAGCCGGGACACACGCUGUUUCCUGGGCUAAUCGAUAGUCAUUGCCACGCCUUCAUCGACGAACAGAACACCACGCUCGGACAGUCUUUGAAGUUUGGAGUUACUACCCUCUGCGAGUUGCACCAUGAAGUACAUAACAUGGACUGGUUUAGAUCGCGAGCCGCCACGGAUCCGGACUCAGCCGACUUCAAGACUUCGGGACUGUCCGCGACUGUAGCUGGUGGUUGGCCCGCGGCUGUCAUAAUGGCUGUCCAUGAACCCGAAAAUGCUAAAGACAUCAUGACUGGUUGGGCGGACUUGCAGACUAAAGCCGACGUUGAAACUUAUAUCCAAGACCGCAUCAGGGAUAAAGUAGAUUUCAUCAAGCUCAUGCACGAGGAUGGGAAUGGCUUAACCGUGAAGCCAGUAGUGCCCCCUUUAGAGAUCCAGAAAACAAUUGUCGACCUAGCCCACCAACAUGGCUUCCUUACAAUCGCUCAUGCUUUGAGUUAUCAAGGGACGAUAGAUAUACUACGUACCGGCGUUGAUGGGAUGACGCAUACUUUCGUUGAUAAACCGAUUACGCAGGAAGUUAUUGACGCGUAUAAGAUUAACAAUGCGCACUGUGACCCGACAUUGGUGACGAUCGCCAGUUUAACAAAGGAUGGUCGGGAAGAGCAAGAGAAAUACGCCCACGACCCUCGCGUCACGAAGCUCCUAAACUCCGAGAGCCAGGAGCACCUAUGCAAGUGUAUAGGGCUCGCCAACGAGAACUCGAGGGCAGAGUACGCCUACGAAAGUGUCCGGCAGCUAAAGGCAGCAGGCAUCGAUAUCAUCCUUGGUUCCGAUUCGGCAGGCGCUGCGCUUGGGACGGCCUUCGGAUUCUCCGCACACCAUGAAAUUGCUACAUUUGUUCGCAAAUGCGGGUUUACCCCCGCAGAAGCGUUAAAAUCUGGUACUUCACUUGUUGCGAAAAGGUUCCGCCUCAAUGAUAGAGGUAGGAUUGCGCCAGGAUUCAGGGCGGACUUGGUCUUGGUGGAAGGGAAUCCUUUAGAGGAUAUUGAUCAUACGCUUGACCUCCGAGGGGUUUGGAAACAGGGAACGCUUAUCUCAGCUUAUAAAGAUCUUGUUGCAUAG